GUCAGAGGGAUGGUGCCAAGUUUAGGCAAAUACCCAAUUGGCUAAAACGUUAAGAAAACGCACGAUUAGGGAGCAUUACAGAUGAGCACCACAGACAGUUCGUAACGGCGCUGCUUGUAGUAGGGGUAACUUCGUGGAUCCCGGGCCUCUGGUGGGCCCCCUAACCACGCAGUCUAAACUAGUUAACGCUAGUUAACCAACCAGUUAGCUAGUUGUGAAGAAACAUGGCUCCCAUUGGAUUGCAACCGUGUUAGCCAAGUUUUCACAAAAAUAUUUUCAUUUUACGCGAUAUUUCAUCUUCUAGUUGAUUUUCAAUUAUUUGAAAACUAACUCGGUCUAAGCUGUUAUUUGAGAAGCUCAAAAUAGAAGGGCCGAUAAAAUACGGCUGCAGGUAAUAAAGUAGUUUUACAGGGCUGGGCUAAAGUGAGCUAGCGUUAGCUACCUUACUCAACCCCGCUAAAAUUAACGCUGGUUUAAAGUUAACCCAGUUUACAUACGCUUGUUGGAUUACAUAACGUUUGAAUAUGUGUGAAUGCCGUAUGAACGUGUAAACACCUCGCAAACAACCUUUGGUUUUAAAGAGGUUUUUGAAUUUUUUGAGUUUUGAAUUUGUUGGUAGUUGGGUAACUAGCUAGGAGGCUAGCUGGUGGUUAUGUGAUUUCCUCACUCUCUGGUUAGCUAGAUUAGCUAAACUAUUUUAGCUAGCGUGCCUGCAAGUUGGACCUCUAUGUCUCAGCUAAAAACAUUUCGAAAUUUCUUUGCAUUCUCUGAAAUGAAUUGCAUCAUAAGAUGACUAGUUCUGAUGCAUGCAGAGAUGAUGGAAGAGUUGCAUAGUUUGGAUCCCCGGCGACAGGAGCUACUGGAAGCAAGAUUCACAGGGACCGGAGUGACCAAGGGCACUGGUCAUAACGAGUCCUCCAAUCAGAGCUUAUGCAGUGGAGGGUCUCUUAGUGACAAAGAGCUUGAGACACCAGAGAAGAAGUGCAGUGAGCAGCGAACAAGGAAGAGAAAAGGAGACAGUUCUGAACAAGUAAAAGGCGGAACACGAGGGCCUAAGAUCAGCGAUUACUUUGAGUUUGGUGGGGGUCCAGGGGCCAGUUCAGCUUCGGGCAUCCCGACAGUGGCUCGCUCUUCUCCACAGCCCUCCCUCUCCAACCCUCCACCGCUGGUGCAGCAGGCCAGUCCUCCCAUGAUUAGCUCCACUAACAUGGACCUCACACCAAAAGCACUCUCCGUCAGCUCCUCGCACAAGGCUACACAGACGGAUCUGACACUGGACAAGCUCGCAGCUCUGGAGAACCAUAAGAGCUCAGACUUGGAGAAGAAAGAGGGCAGAAUAGAUGACCUGUUACGGGCAAACUGUGAUUUGAGGCGACAGCUUGAAGUACAGCAGAAGGCACUGGAACGCUACAAAGAGCGACUCAACAAAUGUGUCACGAUGAGCAAGAAGCUUCUCAUAGAAAAGUCUAAGCAGGAGAAGAUGGCCUGUCGGGAUAAGAGCAUGCAGGACCGGCUCAGGCUGGGUCAUUUUACGACAGUGAGACACGGCGCUUCCUUCACUGAGCAGUGGACCGACGGAUACGCUUUUCAGAACCUCAUCAGGCAGCAGGAACGAAUCAACUCGGAGCGUGAGGACAUCGAGCGGCAGAGGAAGCUGCUGGGGAAGCGGAAGCCGGCCCCUGUGGCCCAGGCCCCGCCCCCAAGCCUUGAGCCAAACAAACGCAAGAACAAGAGCAAUGGGGCGGAGAGUGAAAUGCUCUCUCUCGCCGAGUACCACGAGCAGGAGGAGAUUUUCAAACUGAGGCUCGGUUAUUUAAAAAAGGAGGAAGCAGACGUUCAGGCGGAGUUGGAGCGCUUGGAGCGAGUACGGAAUCUUCACAUCCGCGAGCUAAAGAGAAUACACAAUGAGGACAACUCCCAGUUCAAGGAUCACCCUACGCUGAAUGACCGCUACCUGCUGCUGCACCUGCUGGGUCGAGGGGGCUUCAGUGAGGUCUACAAAGCCUUUGACCUCACAGAACAGAGAUAUGUGGCUGUUAAAAUCCACCAGCUCAACAAGAACUGGAGAGAUGAGAAGAAGGAGAACUAUCACAAACAUGCGUGCAGAGAAUACCGAAUCCACAAACAGCUGGACCAUCCCAGAAUAGUCCAGCUUUAUGACUACUUCUCUCUGGACACAGACUCGUUCUGCACGGUUCUGGAAUUCUGUGAGGGGAACGAUCUGGACUUCUACCUGAAGCAGCACAAGCUGAUGUCCGAGAAAGAGGCACGAUCCAUCGUCAUGCAGAUAGUGAACGCCCUGAAGUACCUGAACGAGAUUCACCCUCCAGUCAUCCACUAUGACCUCAAACCAGGUAAUAUAUUGCUGGUUAACGGCACGGCCUGUGGGGAGAUAAAGAUCACCGACUUUGGCCUGUCUAAGAUCAUGGAUGAUGACAGUUAUAAUUCUGUGGAUGGUAUGGAACUCACAUCACAAGGAGCAGGAACCUACUGGUACCUGCCUCCAGAGUGUUUUGUAGUGGGUAAAGAGCCACCCAAAAUCUCAAAUAAAGUGGAUGUGUGGUCAGUCGGAGUCAUCUUCUACCAGAGUAUCUAUGGGAGAAAGCCAUUUGGCCAUAACCAGUCUCAGCAGGACAUUCUGCAGGAGAACACCAUUCUCAAAGCCACGGACGUGCAGUUUCCAGUGAAGCCCGUGGUGUCUCCGGAGACCAAGGCUUUCAUCCGUCGCUGUCUGGCGUACAGGAAGGAGGAUCGCAUCGAUGUACACCAGCUCUCCAGCGACCCCUACCUCAUGCCCCAUGUCCGCAAGUCGGUGGGCGUGUGCCCUCCGCUGGGGCUGCCUGGCCCAUCUACCUCCAGCACCCUCAACAGCAGUGCCUCCAACUGA